UGGCAAUAUUGCGUGGCAUUUAUGCACAAUUUGGCAGCCAUGACGCACCCAGAAAAAAUGGUGACUUUACAUUGACAUAAGUCAACCGUGUUGACCAAUGGAUAGCAUGAAACUGUAGCUUCUUCAGUGUAUAUAUUUUGUGGUUUAUAUGAUUUGUGCAUUUUCCAAGAGGUUAUUUUCGUUUAUUAUUUGUGUGUAAUGUUUAUUUUUAGGAAAAGUGCAUUUGUAUGAUGAUGGAAGAUAUUUUACAAGUCUAAAAUAAUGACUACAAGAAAUCCAACUACAUUAAUGACCAUUUCAACCGACGAAACAUUCGAUUUCUUGUUUAAAAUAGUACUUAUUGGAGAUUGUGGCACUGGAAAAACUUGUGUAGUGCAACGAUUUAAAAACGGUACUUUUAUUGAAAGACAUGGAAAUACGAUAGGAGUCGAUUUUUCGAUGAAAACAGUCAUUGUAGACGGUAAAAAAGUGAAGUUGCAGAUAUGGGACACAGCUGGCCAAGAACGUUUUAGAACAAUUACUCAAAGCUAUUACAGAUCUGCUAAUGGUGUGAUAAUAGUAUAUGAUAUUACAAAACGUUCCUCAUUUCUAUCUGUGACUAGAUGGAUCGAAGAAGUGAGAAGGUACUCUGGUAACUCGGUACUGAUAGCAUUGGUUGGAAAUAAGGCUGAUUUAGAAACCCUGAGGGAAGUAGAGUUUGAGGAAGCAGAGGCUAUGUGUCAAUAUUUGCCAGAGGUGCUAUUUUUCCUAGAAUCCAGUGCUAAGACAAAUUCUAACAUUGAGGAGGCCUUCAUUUAUCUAGCUACAGAAUUAAAGCGAAGACAUGACAGCGGUUUACUUGAUGACGACAAUGAGGAUACGGUAAGACUAGGAGACAGCAGAGCUGUUCCAAGGUGCAGUUGUACAAAGAAUUUCCAAUGAGGAAGUAUUAAGGUGAAGAGAUAUUACUAGUUAUUGUCAGAUCUGCCAGUUUAUAUGUGAUCUUUCAUGCAAAACUUCAUGUAAUUUGUCAUGUUUGUGUUGGGUAUCACAACUGAGUUACUGUUAAUUUAAUAGCGUUUACCCUAUAUGUAUAUUUUGUCAGGAGCAUCUGCACUGAUAAUGAUGUAUGUAUUAUUACGUACGUAUAUUACAGGCUUGCCGAUAGAUGUUGUAUUGUUCAAGACAGAUAAAUUGUCACAUAUAAAAAGUAGUCAAGAUCAAUCGAACGUAUUUUUGUACAAAAAAGUCUUUGCUUAACAAACUGUAAAAGUUUUUACAUGGGUAUAUUAACAAACUAAUUUAGCACAUUUUGAAAAGAACGUAGAAAUCAUUCAAUUUCCUACAAAAAUGGCCGAGAGAAAAGCGUAGGUCACGCUCUUAGCUUUGAAAAAUAUAUGUGUAUCACUUCCUUGCCUUAGCAACAAACUCUAUGGAAUUGCAUAUUGAUUGCUGACGUUAUAUGUACUAUGAUAGAUUCCAAUGUGGUAGUAAUGUGUGCAAUUUGUCAUCGUUAAUAAAAAAAUGUGCAAUUUAAUAAUGAACUAUAAUUAUCAUCAUUAUCAUUCUCUCAGAAGUGUAUGUAAUUAGGAAGCAUCUCGAAGGUAACAGGGUAGGAAAUUAACAGAAAAGGUGUUCAUUAUUUCACACAUUAAUUUACUUACUUUGUAGUCUGCAUGUUACAUUUUGCCAAAAUUCUUUUUAAGCUGUAUGUCAAACCUUACAAUUGAAGCAUUUUUUAAGAAAAAUCUGGUAGUACAGGUAUAUGUGAUUAUAACAAUAACAGAAUCUCAAAAAUAUGACUGUUUACCAAUUAAGUGGGAAACAUUGGUUAGCUUUAAAUUGCACCGAUUCUUUGUGUGUACCGUGCCUUAAAUUUAAGCAAUAAUUACGUUUUAAUGCUAUAAUAAAAAAUACUCUAUUAUUCAAACAAAUAACAUAUCAAUCAAAUUGGUGCUUAUGUUUAUACAAAAAACUUGCCGUCUAUUUCGCUUUGUCAACGUAUUAUAGGCUGUGUUUCGUAUACUAAUACCAAUAAAAGUGUACUGAAUGUACAAGGUAACGCGACUUCGCCAUGUAGGUACAUUAGUAAGAAGUAUGCAUGCUUGGUAUUCUCAAUUAACCAAAAUGUAUGUAUGUUAUACCAGGUGAUUCUCCAAGGCGGCUCACUUGUAUAACUUUUUUAUCAUUGAAGGUAGAAAAACGAAAUUUGACGCUUGCGUAUUAUAGAUGAAUUUACAUUUUUUGGCAUAUUCACUUGCUUUGUCUUACUUUCGGUUUGACCGGAAACGACUCCAGCUUUCAAUUUUUUAAUGGGACACCCUAUAUAUUUUUACUUAUUCCGAUCAAGAAUCACAUUCUGUUAAUAUUUGACAAAUAAAGGCAUUUUAAUUUAUAUUUUAAUUUUUCGAUCUAGAAUGCCAUGGAUCCCGUAAAUCGUUUUAUUUUUGAUCAAAUAACACGGGAAGAAUACGAAUUUGAGACGAACGACCUUACAGUCGUUUUAAGGAUCUUCUAAAAGUUACACACUUAGUUUUUCAGUUUACUUGAUUUUUUCAAUUAGAAAGGGGGUGGCUCGUAGUUUUUUCUAAGAGACCAUUUGCUUACGAAUAAUUUGACACUACAGUAAGUCAUAUUAUUCUAGUCAUCCGCGACAAACAAUCUCCGGCUACGAGAACCGCCGGGUGGUACCUCCGCGUUCGACAGUUAGAGAUGGUUUUGCUUUCGAAAUACAAAAUGUGCAACGAACCAGAAAAAAAUGCAAAUAACUUUAUUUUCAGUGUAGAAAAAGAGAUACAUUGGAGUAAAAUGUACAAAUUAAUUAAAUACAUAUCCUAUCAUUAUUGUAACAAAAACUAAAAAAAAUGUGAAAUUAGGGUUCUAAGGGCCGUAUCGUCAGUCGUUCCUACAAUUGUAGGACGCCUUUAUGGCCUCCUUGAUUUUAAUAUUUUUCUACUGUUCCGUGUCAGCGCUCUGUUUUGAGGUUAUGUUCCAAAUAUCCAUUUGCAUCAAAUUGUUCAAGCUUUUGAUUUAUAUCUGUUAUAUAGCCUGAAAUUUCCUUCGACUCAAAAGGAAAACAUAGCAUCACAAUAGGACAGCGCUGACGUUGACACAGUAUAGUAGAACUCUAGAAAUAAAUAUCUCAGAUUUUCUGAGGGAUAGAAAUGACUAUGAAAAUCAAGUAGGCCAUAAAGGCGUCCUACAAUUGUACGAAUGACUGACGAUACGGCCCUAAGUGUUCAAAAUGGCCUCCUCUUUGAUCACUGCCAAGUUCAACUUUAUCACUUAUUGCUUGCACCACAUUGAUUAACUGCUCCGCAGUGAUGUUCCGGAAUGCCGCCCUUACUUUAUGCUCCAGUUCUCCGCAAGUAACUUACGUCGUUUUAUACACCUGAUUUUUAAUUGUCCUCCAAAGAAAAAAUCUAGCGGAGUAAGAUCUUGUGAUCUAGAACAGGGCUGUCCAACUUCAUGUGGCCCAAGGGCCACUUCAAAAAAAAAUGCAGUUUGGAGGGCCGCAUUAUAAAAUCUUUCUAUACAACAUUAUUACUGAGUUUUAAUGGGUAUAUACUAUACUAUAUGGUAUACAAAAAUAGUUUUUCUAUUAUUUUUAUUUAUUCAAAAAAUAUGAAAUUACAAAAAAAUCAGUGGGACAUUUGAGGAUGUUGGUUUUCCAAUACUAAUGCAUCAAUAUUAACAUUAAUAUUUGUUGUUGAUAAACGAAGUAACUGAGUAAGUGACUUAUCAGAGAGGGAACAUCUAUACUUUGAUUUGAUAAAUUUCAUGUUGGAAAAGCUGCUUUCGCAAAGAUACGUGCUUCGCAUCAUUGAUCCCAUUGUAAGUCCUAAGUUGGGGUAUCGUUCUCCUGGCAGUAACUUAAAAAAGUCCAAGCCAGUUUCAGUUCUUCCUUGGUAAAAGGGAUCUGAUUGCAAAUCACACAAUUCCAGUUGAAGGUCUGCUCUGCUUACCUUCUCAACAGAAAUUAUUAGUGGCUGAGUAAAAACUGAAAUGUCGCUUUCGAUUUUUUAAAGUCACUAAAUCGAUUUUUGAAUUCUUCUGCAAUUGUGUCAAUGUAUUUUAUAUGAGGUAAAUAUGAAACUUCCUCAAAAUCCUUCAUUUCUUCGAAAUGUUCUUUACAAGUUGGAAAAAAUGAAAAAUCAUUUUUUUGUAAUGAAGACUUGAAAAGCUUAAUUUUAUUCUUAAACCCAUUUAUGUGUCCAAAUAAGUUAGCAAUAUUCUGCUGUUUUCCUUGUAGCUUCAAAUUCAAUUCGUUAAGGUGAGAUGUCAUGUCUGUUAAAAAUGCAAGGUCUGCUAAAAAUUGUGCAUCUGCCAUUUGAUUUUCCAGUUCCGUAGUGUCGGACUUCACUUCAUUUUUAAGGAAAAUAGGAAUUUCUUUGCGUAGAGCGAAAAAUCGUUGCAAACACGGCACUUAACCAACGAACAUCGGUGUGAAGUAACAAGUCCCCAUAUGUAGCAUCCACUUCGGCAAAAAAAUCCCGAAACUUUCUGUGAGUCAAAGCACGAUUGCCCCCUCUAUACUAUAACUAUCUAAAACUGUAAUGACUCAUCGAUGUUCACGUGAACAUCACUUAACUACCAGUAGUCGGCUGUUCAUAGGCGGGGUAUGAAUGUUUAACAUGGGUGAACUAGAUUUGUCACAUGCUUAAUAAAGAGUGGUUUGAAAAAUAUUGUAAGUCAAAAAUUUGGGAAUUACCUUUAUUCAUCGUCGCUUCCACUUACAUCUGACAGUAAUAAACUGUGUGACUAUAACUGGCUCUAUGAUGGUGUCGAAGUGGUGGUCAAGCUGCCACAUUUUUGUUUCUUCCUUCACAACAUGACGGAUAGCAUUCUGCCAAGCUUCGGGCGUUACUAGCUGUAUGGAAGUCUCAAGUAAAACCUUAAGGUCUGGCAAUUUGAAGGUUGUGUUAUGGCGCGCAAUAUAACCCUUCUCUUGAGCCCAGAUGAGCUCUAUUGGGUUCAGUUCACAGUGGUAGGGCGGUAACCGCAGCACAGUGACACCACAUUGACGGGCCAUCUCAUCAGUCACGUAACUAUAUAUAUAUAUAUAUAUAUAUAUAUAACAAUAUUAGUUAUUUUAACAGCCACUUUCAUGAAAUUUAUUUGACGUAAAGAUUUUCCACAUAAGCUCUCUUGGUGAACAAUACAAUGUAUCAUAGGACAGUUGAUGCUGUUUUGUUUCAAUAGUCCUGCAAAUCCAAUUUCAGUCCCUGUCAUAGCUCUGGCGCCAUCAGUAACAAUACAGGAACAUUUAUCAAAUCCCCCGUAGUCUCUCACCAACUUAUUCACAGCUUUAAAAAUAUCUGUUCCCUUGGUUGUACCAUGGAGACGAAUAAGUCGUCUUGAAUAGUUCGGAUAAAAAUUACAAGCUGGCUAAUGUCAUACAGAUCAGGGCUUUCAUCCAGGCAUAGCGAAAAAUAUUUACAUUUCUUAACCACGUCACGCAAUUUUUUGGAUACAUGUUCAUUGAUAUGGUAAUUGUUUGAUGCGAUACUGAGACUUUCAAAUUUUUUGGCAACUUUUAAGUCAUUGAAUUGUUUCGCCAUUUCUAUUGCACACUUUUUGAUAAGCACUAAAAGGUUUUUUUGCUUUGGCAAUUUCCAGCGCUAUUUUGUAAGAGGCGGCAAUACUGCACUUGUUAUCAGAGUCAGAUUUUUUGAAAAAACUUGUUUGUUGUUUUAGUUUUUUCUUGUAUUCCGUUAUGAUAGCCUGCCUCGAGUCCCCUGAAUAUUGCCGAAACGUUUUUUCGUUUAACGUAGUGUAAUGUCGUUUCAUAUUAUACUCUUUAGGAACCGAUAGUACUUGCAUACAAACAAUGCACUGAAGUUUAUUAUUAUUGUUUGAGAUUAAAUAUUCUGAUUCCCAACGGUCAUUAUAAACUCGAUAUUCGUUCGUUACUUUUCGUUUCUGUGAAGACAUAUUUCACGGAGUAUUUCACUUAAAAAGGCAGUAUAUUGAAACGCGCUAGCACUAGAACAAAAGUGCCUGUCCCGCUUGAUUCAACCUUUUAUUAUAUGGAACAUACCCAAGUUGGUAAACCGACUUUCGUUUGAAUAAAUAAUUUUAAACGGAAAACGUGCAACUUCUCUGUAUUUAGUCAAAAAUCGGUUGCAGAAAGUUAAUCUUCGGUUUCGGCAGUCAACGCAAAGAUGUUGGUGUAAUUGGUACUUGAAUGAUCGAUACUUAUAGGUAUUUGUGAAGAAUUCUUCAAAGAGAUGAACAACUUGUCGAAUUCUAAAUCAAUUUGCUGUAUUUCAUUUUUUUUUCACUGUCGAUAAAGUUAGUUGCAUUUUUUCUUGCUUCACCGUGAAUCAACAGCAUCCCAAUUUUUCCGUUUCUAGUACAGUUUAACAUUGUAAAUUAACUACGUAACAAAUGAAAAAACUGAUGGUAUUUUGAAUAGCCUAGAUUAGGUAUUUGUUAAAGUAACCCUAGUAACACCUUGUCACGAAUAACUAGAGUAAUAGGACUUAGUGCAUAGGUAUACCGAAUGCAGAUAUGUAUUAUUGGUUGUUAGGUAUGCUCGUUUCUUACAAUUAUUCAGAAAAAUAAUGAAAAUAAAAUGAAGGAAUAAGUGGAUGAAGGUGUCAUCUAAAAUUUUUUCAUCCUGUGAUUGCUUUGUUGCAAAAACAAGAUAACAAACUAAUUAAACUAAUUAUUUAAAAUUUCAAUACAGUAAAAAAUCUAGAUCAAAAAAUAAUAAUGACUUUAUUUGUCAAAUAUUGACAAGCGAGACGUUGUUGAGUUCAGGAUGUCAUUCUCGAUCGGAAUAAGUAAAAAUAUAUAGGGUAUCCCAUCUAAAAAUCGAAAGUUGGAGAAGUUUCCGUUUAAACCGGAAGUACGUUAAAGCAACUGAAUAUGUCAAAAAAUGUAAAUUCAUCUAUAAUCCGAAACCGUCAAAUUUCGUUUAUCAAUCUUCAAUAAUGAAAAAAGUUAUAGUGGUGAGCCACUUUGUAGAGUCACCCGGUAUGCUCUCUAAUUUGCAGAUCCUUUUUUAUACCAAACCCUCCGCGCAGGCAGAAGCCUAAAUGACAGGGCUCCGCGGCUGCUAUGAAGAGCUUUAUUAAUCCAAUUCUUAAAGGUUAGUGGAACUGGGAAAAGCAGUCUCAUGUAGAUUGUUCCACAACCUCGAUGCCCUAGGGACGAAGGAGCGGUUGUAUCGGCUAAUUCUGGAUAUGCGAAGUUCGAAAAGGUUAGGAUGGGAGGUGGAACUCAGGCGGGUCUGCCCGACAGGCACAUCGCGCGGCGGCAUUAUGGAGGAUAUCUCUUAGGAGCAAAGCUAGAGGUGGAAGAGAGCUAGAUCGCGGUCCGCCCUCCGGUGUCCUUUAGAAAAGAGUAAUCUAUCAGACGGACAACCCUCCUCUGACCAGCAUCCAGCAUGGAUAAUGUAAAACUUAUUUGGGCUUUAUACAAAGUGAGGUGGUCAUAUGGAGCAAAGUACUUCUUAGCCCCAAAUAAAUAUCCAGCAGAGGCGGCUAUUAAGAUGUAAUCGUGCCAGAUCAAGUCCUCAGUCUUACAUUACUUGCCUGCUAUUGGUCAUUUAUUUGUCUGGACGGUCCUUAGGACCUUUGCCCAUUUGUCACUGUCUAAUGUACUCGUAUGUUAGUCGAAUCUGAGCAAAGAAAAACAUAAGUGUAUCAGUUUAAGACGAAACACCUAGGCUUUUUGGCUUAGUACACUUAUUAAUUUUGAGGUGAACUAAAAACAAAUUUUGAUUUUUGUAGCUUGACAUGAUAUCUCACCUUUGAACGUAAAGCUCUGCUUUGCAGUACUUGAAGACCUUGCAUGUGUGUCUUGGCAAGAAAACACCCAAGCCGCACAUGCAUAAGUAAUGGAUGGUGUAACAUUCAUUUUAUAUAGUCGAACUUUAUUCAUCAAACUCAAUUUGGAGGAUCUACAUAACAAAGGAUAUACAUAGUUGCCGAAACGCAAUUUGGAAUUUUCUUUUCAAAGCUGCUGUAUUUUUCUACCACGUCAUGCCUUUAUCAAUGGUGACACCGAGAUACUUGGAAGAAUUUGUCCAUGGUGUACCUUUUCCGUUUAACGAAAGCUCGGCUGGGAAGCCGCGACGUUUUUUAGUAUAAUAAAUAGCCUGCGUUUUCGAAUGAUUAAUUUUAAUCAGCCACCGUUCCGCCCACUCUAGGACUUCGUCCACCGCACGUAACCGUAACCCAUCGUGAACCAGAUCACCAGUACUCGUUCGGGUGAUCCAGAUGAUUGAAGAACUCGUUUUUGGAUAGACAUAAACAAUUACCUUCUAUACAAGGAACACAACAAAAAUCAGAACAUGGUUUGAGAGCAAAAGUGCUCAAAUUAAAUAAACAUUACAACCAAAGUGAAAAGUCGUAUCCACAACAAUAUUCAAUAACGACGCUAAUUUAUGUCUGAUAUCAAAAUGUUAAAAUGCAUCUUGACGAUUUUAGUUUUAUUGUCAUUUGAAUUAGAAACCUAGUAGAAGUAUACCGUUACUCAAAUAAGUAAUAAUUCUCAAAAUUUCUUGUGCAAAUAACAUAAUAAACUAUUAAGAUAAAAUGUCGAUAUUAGCUUACUUCAAUCCGACAACAUCAAUACCCACCACGAACUCUGAUAGAAAUUGUUUACCUAGAUGAUAUAUAACAAGAAAAUAUUAAUAUACUCAGUGACAUUAGAAGUGUUACAACCAGAAAAAAUAAUUUCUUCAACUUGAUUUUUUGGCAAUGAGGAAGUCUUACAUCAAGAAUGAAACGAUGGCAUUCUCACGAAAUAGUCUCCUCCCUAGCAUAUCCCACACAUGUUCGAUGGGAUUUAAAUCCGGGGUGGCCACUGCAAAACAUUAACGCCUGCUUCUUGAAGAAGGUCCGUAGUACGACGAGCAAUAUGGGGACGUGUGUUGUCUUGCUGAAAAAGGACAUGUGAGCGGCCCUCUAGAUACGGCAGUAAAGUGGUUUGUAGGACAUCAUCUACAUAACGCGUAGCAGUCAUAUUGCCUUGAACAAAGAGAAGGUAUGAUCGGCUACCAUAGGCAAUAGCUCCCAAACCAUUAUUCCUACACCCCUGUGUACAUGCCUCUCAACAGCAAACCCAAUAUCACGUCGUUCUCCUCGGCGGCGUCUCACCCUUCUACGACCAACGUGCGUCCUUAGAAUCGCGAUUCGUCGCUGAAGAUGUCAUUAUGCCAUUCUGCCUCCUAACGUCGCCGCUCUCUGCUCCAGUUCAAACGUGACAACAGUGGUCCGUAGUCGGAGGAAGCACUAACCGUGGACGGUAUGAAAAAGUUCAAAGGCUCGAAUGCGGCGAUAGAGUGUACGCAUAGUAACAGGUUUAUCUUCUUCUCCAAACCAUUGGUCAGCGAUCUGAUGGGUAGUAGCAAAACGGUUUCGUAGGGCUAGUUGUCUGAAGCACCUAUCGUGACGCUUUGUGGUACGCCUCGGUGGACGAGUUAGCCUUCUUUGUGUUACUCUAGCUUGUUCUAUCCACACCCGACACAUACACAUUACCGUCAUUGCGGUACAAUUAACACGGCGACCAAUUUCGCGAUAAGACAAACCAAGAUCUGGAUAGGCAAUAAUAAUUCUACUCCCUGUCAAAGUCGCUAACAUGGUGAUAAUUUGGACGUCUUUGAACUCGAGGCAUUUUGUUAUGCUUGACACUCGUAAAUGAAAGGACAAUAACUAAAAAUAUCUGUACUAGUCAGCUCUCAGAAACUGCUUUCUUCACAAAAACUAAGAUAUAACAUUUUAACAAAGGUAAACAAAAACAAAGAUAAAACGCUGACAUUGUUGCCACAGUAUGCUUUAAAUAUAGUCAUUAUGUUGCAAAAAAACAAGUUGAAGAAAUUAUUUUUUUCUGGGUGUUAAACUUCUAAUGUCACUGAGUAUAUUAUAUAACAUGUCCUACAUAAUCGUUACAUCCUAACUAUAAGUUAUGGAGUUACCACACUCAGCAACAUAAAGAUUACAUAAAUGUGACAUCAAUGUAUUCAAGUCUACGUAAUAUCAAUAUAACAAAAAGUAUGUAAAUUGUAAGGUGUACGUUUUACAUAAAAAUGAUGUUCAUGUAACUCGCGUGUUUAGUGGGUUGUUUUAAACAGAUUUGCUUGUGUUGGCUACAAUAGGAAUGAGAUAUUGAAUAAUUAGAUUAUAUGCAAAUGGACCUUUUUUGAUAUAUUGAUAAUUGGUAUACAUAUAGACCCGUAUUUAUUUUUAGCUAUAUUGUUAUAUUUAUUCGUUUGCACUUACCUGUUAUUUAUUAAUACUCAUUUUUGAUGUUUUUAGGGCAUAUAAGUGUAAUUAAACUAUUGCCAUAAUUAAGAAAGUAUGUAUUUUAGUUAUAUGAUAUUCAAAAUUAUAGAAUGCAUUAUAAAAUGUAUCCUUAUAGUUAUAUAUAUAUAACUUGAGACGUGGUCAUUGUCGUCUAGACCAGUUAGGUGAAAAAUUAAAGCUUCCGCCUUUUGUUGGGUACUUCGACAAAAAUUUAAGCAAAGAGGAGUCUUUAUACUUUUUUAUUCUCUCUAGCUUUCAAUGGACUUUGCCAUCAUCAUGAGGAGAGUGGUAUGUGAGGAUGUUGCUAAUUGUUGUUUACGUUCAGGAUGAGGGAAACACCCAGUAACAUGGUGAAAGCUGGAUAGAUGGUACAACGGUCAAAAUUAUAUAAAAUACACACAAAUGUGUGACAAGAACAAGUUAAAAACAGAUUAAAAAUUUUUAGAACAUGAAAGCAUUACAUCGUGAAGCCACUUGAUGAUUGAUAUGUGUUCUACUCUGACUCUCUUUAAGCAUCUUUUGAUGUAAAGAUUGACCUAUUUUUGUCACUCUAUUUGAAAGAGACGGGUCUGGCUCUCUAUCACAUAAAUUAUGAUCUUUCAAAAAAGCUUUUUGCGCCUUGAAGUAUUUAAGUUCCCAUGGGGUAAAAUUCAUAUCUUGAAUUCAGUUAGUUUUUUUACAUUUAUGAUAAUCUUUUUUGGGUUAACUAAUCUUUAUUGAUUAUAAUUCGUUAUUUUAGAAUAAAGGUGGAAAAUACCAAUAGAUAAUAGAUACUGGCUUAUACCAAAAUAAAGAUGAUAUUUAAUAUUAGGAUUAUUGUUAAUUACUCUUACUCUUUACCAUUCUUAUUAGAGGAUGACUAGAGUGAUAGAUCUAAACUUUGGAGCUAUGGUAUCCUCUUCUUCUUCUACUUGGUUGCUUAAGUGAUACUCUUUAAUAACUUGAUCGAAAUAUAGAUCAGUUUCGUAGUUUGGCCCUAGAUAAGCUGCCUCCAUUUCUCCGAUUCGAACAGUAGCUAGUCGUCUGGAUCUCAUUGUCAAGUAUCCAGUAAUACAAUCUGAUAUCCUCAGCAGUUUGAUGUACAUUACAUUAUCGUUUUCUUCUUGUUGAAGAGUUUUGAGAGCGUUCCCUUGGUGGAUAGCAAUGUCUGCUAUCAUAUAAAAUCCUUGUAACUCCCUAUACUUCUUGAAAAUGUAGUUGUCAAUUAGAACAAGAUGAUGAUUUCGCUUCCUCAGUUGGACUAUAUCCCUGCAAAUUAAUGUUUCUGAGGUGGCAGUUGAUUGUUGUGAUAUUUCAAGGAUAAUUAAGAAACAUGAUUUUCUUAGGUCAAAAUUUGCAGACAUGAAAGAUUGAAGUUGUGAUAGAUAUUUUGUGUAAGGACGGAGAUCUUCCCAAAUUUCUAAAACGUCAGAAUUACCCACCGAACCAGAAAAAGUUUUUAGCCUGUUUUUAACCCACUUCUCUGCAUUGUCUUCAUUGACAUGCUUCACCAUACACAGUAUUAUUACUGCCAUGAUAACAAUACAAUAAUCUUUGUCAGAUAGUAUUUUUCCAAGUUCCUCGGUUGCUUCAAGAUCCUCCAUAAGACCUUGAUAAUGAUGGCUUCGCAAUAAUUUCACUUCAUUCUUGUCAAUUCUGCGAAAGUCGGGGUCGAUUCCUACAAGAUUAAGAGUGGAUUCAAGGUUAACCCCUUUUAUAAUAGAUUCAGCAUCUCCUAAAGAUAGUAGCAUUCCUACCAGCGAUCUAGCUAACUUUCUGCUUGUCAUAUUGUCUGCAUCCUCCUCAGAUACCUCAUAAUCAUAAAAAUGUGAUACAUGAUAAAGUGCUAAUCUAGACCAAUACUUCAUGUUUUUCUGGGCUAAAUCAUUGGUUCCAUAAUAGAUGGUCAGCUCCUCCUCUUCCCAUUUAUUUACCUUAAUUCCCACUUUCUCAAUUUUGGGAUAGAGUCUAUGUGUAGAUAAUGUGGACAAACUACCAGCCUUCCCGGAGAAGUACUUCUUUUUGAUAGCAGCCAUAUCUUGAGAACUGUUUCCACAAUCUUAUACAAUAUCUUUCUCUUGUUGAAUCAGAUUAUGCUAACAAUUAUUAUAGAGUAAUUAUAAUAGAUAUAAUCGUGAUAUCAGUUAAUUUUUUUAGUAUUUAUGAUAAUCUUUUGCCUUUGAGAAUAAAAAAGUAUAAAGAGUCCUCUUUGCUUAAAUUUUUGUCGAAGUACCCAACAAAAGGCGGAAGCUUUAAUUUUUCACCUAACUGGUCUAGACGACAAUGACCACGUCUCAAGUUAUAUAUAUAUAUAUAUAUAUAUAUAUAUUCUAAAAUUGAAAUAUUUAUAUAUUCUUUUACGAUAAAAC